ACAUGUGAUUCGCGUCAUUUGUGGUUUUUAUUUAGCUGUUGAAAAAUGUACAAGUGUUUUUAUUGUGCGUACAAGUAUUUUUUCUCUUAUAAUAAAAAUAAUAAAAAUUACAAUUUUUAAUAAAUAAUUGUACCAUGUGUUGCGACGAUGUAAAUAGUCACUCUCUUAAAAUCCCGAAAACCUAAAUUGUGGUGCCACCUGUUAGAAGUCAUUGAACCGUAGAGUUCAAAAUUAUGGUAAUGAGGGAAACUUGAUGCUGCCGGACGACCCAGUGAAAGUCGUGAAAGUGGGUCGCGCGGCUAGUUAGUAGGAAGAGAAAGUGACAGGUGGCAGGGCCAGUAUUGAAAUUUGAGAACGAGAAGAAGACGGGCCAUGUGGAGAGAAAUUGGACGCUACAGGUGUUCCAUAUAUUAGCCGCCAUAACGGUUUUUGUUCUGUCGUGCCACUGAUCGUGUACCGCCAGUAAACUUUUAAUAAAUCGUUUUCUUUCGUAGAAAUUUAUUGUGAGAACCUUUUGUGAAGUGUAGCGUGAAGCUCAAAGAGUUUAUAAUUAAAAUUCAGUGAUUGAAAAAUACAACUUGUGUAUUAUUUAAUUUGUGAUUCCCUUUUCCAACCCGGAUUUAAGUCGCCAGAAUUCAAAGAGGGACAUAAGUCGAAGGGCCGUGAAGAAGGUGAACGAGGUCAGAAGUCCAAGGAGUGAGCGUCGUGGAGCGAGCGGGGAGCCAAGGCCAGAGAGAGAAGUCGAGGAAGAGAAAGGAUAUGCCCGGACAGAGGAACAACCGUAGCCGACGGUCACCGAGCCGUCACAGGGCUUCGUCCGAAUUCGUUGGACCUGAUUGGGAAGCAUCCCCAUCCCCACCACGAAUUACACGUCAGGGAAGAAGUCGAAGCGGUCACCGCCCAGCGCCAGAAUUCCACCAGGGAAACGUCCAAAUGAUUAGGCCGUCUCUCCUAUCCUUCCCGAUUACGGAACCAGUAUCGGCGGAACCGAUAGUGGCCAGAAGAGCGGACGUGAGAAGAAGAAGAGAUGCUCACCAAACGGCGGAGGAAGUACGACGGCCAGAGGAAACGGAGAGGGCAACUGGAGAACAGGCAGGGUUAGUCACGAAACCAGAGGACUGGGCGGAAUUAAGCAUGUUAGAGGAGAGAGGAAAGAAAGAGAAGAAGACGACAAUUAGACCGGAUGGAGCGGAGGUGGUAUUACCACAUCGAUGGCCAGCUGACCAGGGCCCGACUGAGAGCCUCGAGGCGUACGAGAGCAGACUGGCCGAGUACGAGUUGGAAAUGUUUUUGAACUCAAAGGAGCCGAUGACAACGGUAGCCUUAGAGAGAGCCAGAGCCAAGCAAAGGAAGGCGCUCAGAGAAAGAAGUGAAAAACAAUGGACAGCCAACGACAUAGAGAGCCAAACACCCGUACCGCAAAUGAGGAAGUUGAACAGCCCUCAACCAGGACCACCGACCGAACCGGAACGGAUGUUAGGAGCCAGGCCGAAGGAGAAACAAGGAUCGCAAGUCAGGGACAUGAAUGAGAGCCAGAGACCAGAGAAUAGAGAACGAAGACUAGAGGAACCUGUUCUAAACCAAAGGCCCGAGGAAUAG